AACAAAGUUUCGGGGAAAUAAAAUCAUUGUCGAACAAGCGUCGCUUGCAGCAUGUAAAAAAUCGCGUGGUGUAGUGUACCAAACAAAACUUUUCUUGCUAAAAAGAUAAUCUUAGCUUGAAUCGGUUAAGUUCAGCGUUCAAUAUAAACUUAUUUGAAAAAGAAAAGCCUGACUUGAGUCAGGAUUGCCUGAUUUUUGUGCUGUUUUUCGCGCCCGGCUAUUAAAAAAAGCGUGUGCAGUAUUUUUCCUUCAAAUCUAACACCACUCGAGUAGGGAAAUUUGCUUCUCCCGUAAAAAAUGGCAAGCACAUCAAACCUCUCAGCCGACUCUUCAGAAGAGCAAGAAUCCUUGUCGAACGAUUCUCAUGCUUAUGGCAAGCGCAAAAACACUAGCGAUUCGGAUUCUGAUAACAUGGAUGAGAAAAAAAUUCGAACUGUUCCUGCGGCAGUAGGGACAUCCUUAUCUUUCGGACAAUUUUCCGAAAAAUCGGUACGCAUGAUGCAGCAGAUGGGAUACAAGGCCGGUACUGGUCUAGGAAAAUCAGGUCAAGGCCGAGUUGAUCUGAUCGAAACCUCCUCCCAAAAAGGCAGAAGCGGUUUAGGUAUGAAGCUUAAUGAGUUGAAUUCUGCUGCAGAUCAGUGGGAUGCUCUAACUGAGGAGUUAGAAAUUCCCGAAAAAGUACAGUGGCUCCAUAACAGCAAUCCUCAAGUGAAUGAACCUGGUAUCACCAGGGAACAGCUGGAUGCUUGGAUAAAGGUGGGACCUCGGAAGAUGAUCAUCGAAGAUGAAGAUAAGUACUGUUCCAGAGAAAUAUUGCUACAGAUAUUGGAUAGCAAAUCAGUGUUUAAUAAUCUCGGAGCUGACGAUAUGCGAAAGGCACGUUCUAAAUCGAAUCCUUUCGAGCUUAUAAAAAGCAAUAUUUUCAUUAAUCGUGCGGCGGUGAAAAUGGCCAACAUGGAUGCAUUGUUUGAUUUCAUGUUCACCAAGCCAGUUGACAUGAAAGGUAGCCCGCUAGUUAGAGAUAACGAUUUGUUCUAUUUUGCCGACGUGUGCGCCGGGCCGGGAGGCUUUUCUGAGUAUGUGUUAUGGAGGAACAAGUGGCGUGCCAAAGGCUUCGGGUUUACGUUGAAAGGCGCGAAUGACUUCCGUUUGGAUGAUUUUUCAGCUGGUGCACCAGAAACAUUUGAUACCUACUACGGCCCGAAAGACAAUGGCAACAUAUUUGAUCCGGCGAAUAUAGAGGGCUUCACUGACUAUGUGAUGACACAGACUGAAACAGGAGUCCAUGUCAUGAUGGCAGACGGUGGCUUUUCCGUCGAAGGUCAAGAAAAUCUGCAAGAAAUACUUUCUAAGCAGCUCUACUUAUGCCAGGUCAUUGUAGCGCUAGCGAUUGUGCGCACCGAUGGGCAUUUCGUUAUGAAAUUCUUCGACAUUUUUACCCCCUUCAGUGUUGGACUGCUUUACUUGGUGUACAAAUGUUUCAAGCAAAUUUCCAUCUGCAAACCAAACAGCAGUCGUCCGGCCAAUUCCGAACGCUAUCUGGUCUGUAAAUGGAAGAAACCUAAUACAGAUCUGAUACAGAGACACUUGGAGGAUGUGAAUAGGCAGAUGUUUAAUAAUAAGAACGAAAAGAUAGACACGCUGGAACUGGUGUCGGAAGAGGUAUUGCUAAGUGACAAUGCAUUUUUCGAGUAUUUGCAACAAAGUAAUAAUGAAAUCGGACGCAAUCAGAUCAACGCACUUCUGAAAAUAGCAGCGUUCUGUAAAAACAGCGAACUUACGGAGACACGCCAGUUGGAGGUGAAACAAAAUUGUUUGGCGCUCUGGAAACUGCCGGAUGCAAUAAGAAAGUUCUCCAACAAAGGUGACCCCGAUCAGUAUAUUGUUAAAUUCUACAACGAAUGGAAUGGAAUGGUGAAAGAAGUAUGUCAAACUGAGAAAAAAGUUAAUUCGGAGUUACGAAGCUCCUUUCCGUCAGCCUAUGAUUGGUACUUCGUUCCUAUCGGCAAUGCUGAAAACAAGGGAAAAAACAUUCGCACAAUCUUAUUGGGCAAAGGAGGAAAAGAAGUGUAUCAGUUUGAUGCAAAGCAGUGUUCCUGGAUACCACUUAAAGACAUAGCAAUCGAACUUUCCCCCGAAACAAUUAUUUACGCCGAAAUAGUACGUGAAUUGCAGGGCGAAGGUAAAUCUCAGAUCGUGAUCAACACCCUACACAUCAUCGAUGGAUUAGUGUUGGGUGGGGAAGAUAUACGGAAGCUGCCACUGUCACAGAGAAUUGCCAAGUGCCAGCAAUUUGCCAAAGCGCUGAACAAACCGAUCAAGAGUGUCUCAAACGAGACCUCCAAUUGCACUGUGGCUGUACAAGUACGAGCAAAAAAACUAUAUCAAGCUUUUGAGUUAGAAUCAUUUUUCAACUCGCUUGAGCUAUACAAAUUGAAAACCGGUCCACCUCGUUUGGGUUAUCAGGUGCGUAACCUAGUUAAUACCGAUCGAUUCUACAUACCCUACGGUUUAUUGUUUCUUAAAGAAGUAAAACCGGACUACAUGAAAACGAUGUCAAAAAAGAGAAGGAUGUUUUACUACUUCCACAUAAAGACAAAAGAAUCGAAAUAUCCGGAGCAGUUUGAAAACCAGGAGUUAGAAACUUUGGCGACUUUCGAGGAAACGUUCUACUCUCGUCAACUGUGGAAGUGGGAAACGGUGCAUCAAGUUGAGGCUAAUUUCGUUGGGACAAAAGACUCGGACAGUGUGUAUCGCGUCGAUUUUAGUUCUUAUUUCCAAGCAUUUUAUUCAGAUUAGUAAAAGACAGUCGUAAGAGAAGCAGAGAGAAUAUAAAUUAAAUAAUAAGCGUCCAACAGGCAUGCCAUGCAGCAGCAAAAAAUAAUUGUUGUAAACAUUCACAAUGAUUUUAAAUAAAAUCAACCAUACUCAAUAUUUACAUCGGCCAAGAUUAGUUUUUUAUUUUAGAUCAAUGCUGAAAUGUAACAGUUUUCGAGAAAUUAAAAAUUUAGUCAGAUUAAG